GUCGCGCAGAUGAAUGGCGGGGAAUUGUGCCCGGAGGUCUGCCGAGCGAAUCCAAGGCUGGCAGCUAGGAUGGCAAGCUUUGUUUGCAAGUGUGGCGGCGUGGUGCAACCGCUCUGUCAACAGUCGUGUCAAAGACUGGCGUUGUGUCGCGCUUCAGUUCCUGGCGACAAAGAACGCAGAAUGGCUCGCAAGAUGACGGCGAGACAGGAGAAGUGACGGUGUGUGCGGUGUGUGCGGUGUGUGUUCGGAGGCCGGUCAGACUCGAGGACGAUGUCAGGCUAGCCUGCGGUUCUCCCAGAGGCGCAAGUGUCGGUGAACGGCGCAGUGGGAUGGCUUCCUGUAUUCGGACAGAGCAGGGCCAGGAGUCCCGUGUUGCUCGUCUUGCAAUGGCGGUGCACUCGGCGUGGAGGCGGGCGAUGACGAGAGACGAGCUCUGCUGAGCUGCGGAUCGUCUGGCUGAGCGCGCGGAUGAGAGGUCGAGCGCGGCUACUGCGCAACAAGGAUUCCUGUUGCGGCGAAUUGAAGGUUUGGCAGGAUGAGGGUUCGCAGCACCCUCCGGUCGGCUUAUUCUGGGCAGCAAGACAGCCAAUGCAGGUAGAGGACGGGCGAAUGCUGGACGAUGUGACGGGGAUGCGAU